AUUUGAUUGGUAGUAAACAAACUAAAUCCACAUUUAUUGCAAAGAAAUUGAAAUCUAAUCAUUUAAUAAGAAAAUCAGCAAAUUAGUGGACAUAAAACAAGUUAAAUUAAUAGUCUAGGCCAAGAUGCCUAAGGAACAGUUCAGAGAAGCUGAUGUUAUCAAGAAAAUAUCGCAUGUAUCAUUCAGUAUAGAUAGUCCACAACAAAUCCAGCAAUGCAGUCACUUACAAGUAAAAAUGAAGACUCUUUACAACCAAGAUAACAAGAGGACACCUGUUGAAAACGGUGUUUUAGAUCCUAGGCUUGGUGUUAGCCAAAAAGGGUCUAUUUGUGCGACUUGUAAUCAGGGACUAAAUGAAUGCAUUGGACAUUUCGGUUAUCUGGAUCUUGCAUUGCCGGUUUUUCAUGUUGGACAUUUUCGAGUCACUGUCACUAUCUUGCAAACUAUUUGUAAAAAAUGCGCCCGAGUUAUGCUGAAGCCUGAGGAUGGAAAAGUUUUCAGCAAGAAAUUAAUGAAUCCAAAUUUAUCAUACUUAGCAAAAAAAGCCAUUCAUCAACAGAUUCUCAAAAAAGCUAAAAAGAGUAACAAGUGUCCGUAUUGUGAAUUUGCAAAUGGAUCAGUAAAGAAAGGUCCUGGGUUAAUGAAAAUCGUGCAUGAGCCAUUUAAAGGCAAGAAAAAGACAGAUCUAUUAUUAACAGCAGCAUUAGAUGAACUUGUUCAAGCAACUGAAAGUAAUAAGGAAUUGUCACAAAGUAUUGGGCCAUCAUCACUAAUUCAGGAAUUGAAUCCAGUAGAAGUUUUGCACUUAUUCAAAAACAUCCCGAAAUGUGAUAUUCCAUUGCUUGGAAUGACUUCUGAUAGCUCUGAUCCAGCAAAUCUAAUCAUUACAAGAAUUUAUGUCCCUCCAGCUUGCAUUCGUCCAUCUGUAGCAUCUGAAAUUAAAUCGGGAACAACAGAAGAUGAUUUGACAAUGAAGCAAAGUGAAAUUUUGUUAAUUAACGAUUAUAUAUCUAAGCACAUGAACACUAGUGGUAAAAUGGAAAUUAUUCAAGAAGAUUGGGAUUAUCUGCAGCUUCAUGUGGCUCUGUAUUUCAACAGUGAAGUUUCUGGAGUUCCGUUAAAUAUGAUGCCAAAUAAAUCAACAAGAGGAAUCGUUCAGCGAUUAAAAGGAAAACAAGGUCGUUUUAGAGGAAAUUUGUCAGGAAAGCGUGUUGACUUUUCAGCACGUACAGUCAUUUCUCCAGAUCCAAAUCUUAUGAUUCAUCAAGUUGGUGUUCCUGAUAGAAUUGCUAAAAUUCUCACAUUUCCCGAACGAGUUAAUUCCGCAAAUAUUCAAAUGCUACGUCAAAUGAUUCGUAAUGGAACUGAUAUUCAUCCUGGUGCUAAUUAUGUCCUACAAAAAGGAGCUGUCAAUAAGAAAUACUUGGCUUAUGGAAAUCGUGAUAAAUUGGCUCAAGAAUUGAAAUAUGGAGAUAUCGUUGAGAGACACUUGAUAGACGGCGAUAUCGUUUUGUUCAAUCGACAGCCAAGUUUGCAUAAACUUAGUAUAAUGUGUCAUCAAGCAAAAGUUCAGCCACAAAGGACAUUUAGAUUCAAUGAGUGCGUCUGUACACCUUACAAUGCUGAUUUUGAUGGUGACGAAAUGAAUUUACAUUUGCCUCAAACUGAAGAAGCCAGAGCAGAAGCUUUAGUUUUAAUGGGAAAUCGUUCGAAUCUUGUAACACCGCGUAAUGGAGAAUUGCUAAUUGCUGCAACUCAAGAUUUCAUUACGGGUGGUUACUUGAUCACUCAACGUGAUGAAUUUUACACAAAGGAAAAAGCAAUGCAGCUUGCAACGAGUAUGAUUACAGGACCAGAUUCAGAUUUAACAAUUGAUCUUCCGCCACCUGCAAUUUUAAAACCUCGAAGACUCUGGACAGGAAAACAAAUAUUCAGUUUAAUUUUACGUCCAAAUAAGAAUUAUCCAGUCAUUGUAAAUUUAGCAACAAAAGGAAAGAAUUAUACAGGCAAUAAUGACAUGUGUAUUCGUGAUUCCUUUGUAAUAAUUAGAAAUUCUCAAUUAAUUUGUGGAUCAAUGGAUAAAAGUACACUUGGAUCAGGAACUAAGAUUUGUGUUUUUUAUGCAAUAUUAAGAGAUUUUGGCGAAAAUGAAGCAACAAAAUCAAUGUGGCGAUUAGCAAGAAUGGCUUCAUAUUAUAUGAUGAAUCGUGGCUUUUCAUUUGGAAUCGGAGAUGUAACACCUAGUCAGCGAUUGUUGGAAGAUAAACAGGAUUUACUUGAUAAAGGAUAUGCUCGAUGUGAUGAAUAUAUUCUCGAGAUGAAAAAAGGAACACUUCAAUGUACUCCAGGUUGCUCGCCUGAACAGACAUUAGAAUCAAUGAUGCUUAAGGAAUUGUCAACAAUUCGUGACUUGGCUGCAAAAGUUUGUUUUCGUGAAUUACAUCCAACAAAUAGUGCUUUAAUUAUGGCACAGUCAGGUUCUAAAGGUUCAAACAUUAAUAUUUCUCAAAUGAUUGCUUGUGUAGGUCAACAAGCUAUUAAUGGCAAAAGAGUUCCAAAUGGCUUUGAGGAUCGUGCAUUGCCAUAUUUCGAAAAAUUCUCAAAAAUUCCAACAGCUAAAGGUUUUGUCCAAAAUUCCUUCUAUUCUGGAUUAACACCAACAGAAUUUUAUUUUCACACAAUGGCUGGUCGUGAGGGUCUCGUAGAUACAGCUGUAAAAACGGCUGAAACUGGUUACUUACAGAGACGUUUGGUCAAAUGUCUUGAAGAUCUUGUAGUUCAAUAUGAUGGGACAGUUAGAAAUGCAAUAAGUGAAGUUGUAGAGUUUUUAUAUGGUGGUGAUGGACUUGAUCCAGCUUGCAUGGAGACAAAAAACCGUCCAGUUGAUUUGGAUCGUCAAUUAAUGCAUGUACAAGCAACAUAUCCGCAUCGAGAGCAAGUUAAAAUUAGUUCAAAGGAUAUUAGGGCAACAGCUGAAGAGAUUUUAGCGAGAUCAGAAUAUUCAAGUAGUAGAAAUGACUUUAAAUUAGAAUGUAUGAAUUACAUGGAUAAAGUAGCAAAGAAAAUUGAAAAGGUUGAGACUAAAUAUGGACAUUGUGGAAAGGUUGCUGAUGAAAUAAAUAGGAUAACUGAAGGACAAAUUGAGCAAUUUAUGAAUAUUGUAAAUGAAAAAUUCAAUCGAUCUACAAUUGAGCCAGGAACUGCUGUUGGUGCUUUAGGUGCUCAAUCAAUUGGAGAACCAGGAACUCAAAUGACUCUAAAGACUUUCCAUUUUGCUGGUGUUGCUUCUAUGAACAUUACACAAGGCGUACCCCGAGUUGUAGAAAUUAUUAAUGCUACGAAACAAAUUUCAACUCCAGUCAUUAUUGCACACAUUGAAGAUAAUAAAUCAAUGGAAGUAGCUAGAAAAGUAAAGGCAAGGAUUGAAAAGACAACUUUAGGUGAAGUUUCAUCAUUUUUGGAAGAAGUUUAUCGCAAUGAUGAAUGCUUCUUACUGAUUAAGCUUGAUUUAGACAGAAUUCGUGUAUUAGGACUGGAAGUAAACAUUGACACGAUCAAGUACUCAAUUUGUAUCUCUAAACUUAAAAUUAAACCUAAUCAAGUUGAGAUUCAUGGGCCUUCGCUGCUUAUUAUUCGACCUGAUACUGCCAAAUAUGGAAAUAUGAUGAAUGUUGAGCUACAAAGAUUGACAAACUUAGUUCCGAAAAUUGUUAUUGCUGGAAUUCCGAGUGUUUCUCGUGCUGUUAUUGCUAUUGAUGAUAAAGAAGGAUUUUAUAAAUUGUGCAUUGAAGGUGCUGCAUUGAGAGAUGUUAUGGCUACAUAUGGAGUUGUUGGGAGUAAAACAACAAGCAAUAAUAUCUGGGAAGUUUUUAAUACACUCGGAAUUGAAGCUGCUCGAACUACAAUUAUUCGUGAAAUCACAGAAGUUAUGGAAGGUCACGGAAUGAGUGUUGAUUAUCGUCAUAUUAUGUUGCUUGCAAGUCAAAUGACAAGUCGUGGCGAUGUUUUAGGUAUCACUAGACAUGGAUUGGCUAAAAUGAGAGAAUCAGUCUUUAAUUUGGCAUCGUUUGAAAAGACAGCUGAUCAUUUGUUUGAUGCUGCAUACUAUGGACAAACCGAUUCAAUUGAUGGCGUCUCAGAAAGAAUUAUAUUAGGAAUGCCUGCAUCCAUUGGAACUGGAGUGUUUAAAUUAUUACAUAAGCAUGACGACAAGAAGAUUCAAUCAGUGCCGAUCCCGAUAUUUGAUAAGUUUUCAUGGUAAAAACUUGUGAUGAAUUUUUAUUGUGUCAAAAAAAAAGAAAUGAAGGAGGAUAGAAUAAUUUUACAUCAAUUUAAAGAUUGCUAGAAAGGCAAAUAAAAUUAAAGAUAUAGAAAC